AUGGUUGACAAGAUCGGACGCCCACGCAAGGCUGUAGGCAGCAACGACCCUUCCGAAAAGGGCAGUAGCACGAGAGGCCGCCCACAACACCAGGCCUCAUCACAUUCAGAAGCAUACUUCAGCGCCCACGACGGGUUCGAAAAUGCGCCUAUGCGAUCAGCAGCACUAAGCACUUCACAGCUGCGCGACUUUGAGGAGGCGCAAGCGGAGCCAGAGCCACGACCUCGUCCGGCCACUAUCCGCACCAGCCCUGCCACCGAGUCGCAAAUCGGUGCCGACGAAGAAGAAACCCCUUCUCAGCCUGCAUCCACCUCCUCGUCCUCUUCAUCAAGCUGGGAAGACCUUCCUUCCUCUGCCACGGCAUCCCUUCCAGCAGCCACACCCUUCCCCGGUACUUGGCCCGCCGCACUGCACGAUACCAGCGCCGCGCUAUCUGAGGUCUCCACUGCGACCCUUUCCUUCGCCAGCGCCAUCGCAUCCUCGGGCUUAGGCCGCGCAUCAUGGAGUAUCGGCGCAGCAACUCUUUCCUCGACCAACCGCGCGGCCCUCUCUUUCACCACCUGGGGCAUGGAGAAAACAGGAGUCAUGCCGAAUGAGCUUCCCAGACCAAUGAGAAAGUGGAUUCAAGGGAAGGAAGACAGGGAUCGAAGGAGAAGACAGGCUGAGCAGAGAAGGAGAGAGAGAAGGAGAAGGGAACGAGAUGGAAUGGUGUUCACUGGAGGAGUGGAUGAGGAUGGGGGGUAUGUGUUGGCUACGCAUGAGAUGGAUGGCACGAUGAGCUUUGAGGGUAGGGGGCCUGUGGAUAUGCGGGAAGGAACAGGUGAACAGGGAGGGGAGGAAGAGGAUUUUGCGGCGCAGGGACCGGAAGAGAUCGAGGAGCGGGAGGAUGAACAUGAAGACGAUGGGCUCACGCGAGUGUUUGAGUUCGACGACGAUGAAGACUUAUAA